AUACAGCGCGUUGGUGAUCGUAGACGCACGCAUCAAUCUUUUGCCGGACUAUGACGCAAGCCCAAAUUGCCAAGUUGAAGAUUUGCUGUUAUUGAAAUCAGCUCUGACGGAAGUAGUACAGAAACUUUCUUUCCGCAAAAUAAUUUAAAAACGAUAGCCCGUUACCCAGCUUACGACUUCCGCUCAUGCAUUCCAUAUAAGGGACUUGAAGUGGAGGCAAGCGCCUGGUGAUGUGACUUCGCACUUGCGUCCAGUUUUAUUUGGAUUACCUGGUGUGUUGUAAUUUCUUGAAGGUGGAAUACGAGAUCACUGAAGAACAGAAUACACUUUGGAUAACCAGUUGUAUCCUUUGGCAAACAUUGUACUCGUUUCGAAAGUCAUCUGAUAGCAUUCAUUACUCUGAAAAACCUUAUCGCGACGAAAUUCGGCAAUCGCAAUGCUGACACGAACGUCGAACAAAGUCAACUGCUGACACCCGACUAGCUAGGCAAUGCAUUCUCAAGAUCUUGGGAAUGAUGAAGCCCUCGUGAAUGAUCCUUUGAUUGUCAAGGCAAUUAUCCCACCAAGAGUUCAGAACGAUGUAAAAGAGGAAAUAGUGAUUGUUUUUAAUAAGCGCUUACCUUCAAAAUCAAGAAGUCCAUUUUCUGUUGAUUUUGUGGGGACGGCUGGUGCAGUUCAAGUAUCUGCCAAGCAGUUGAACAGCUCAACCCUGAUUUUGGAGACACCAGAAUAUCCUGUGGCCAGUGUUGUGACAGCCUAUGUCUAUCAUGGAAUAAAUCGUAGAUUGUUAGGCCAACACACAUUUGAAUUUCUAUCAAGAAGUGACACCUUCUACAGACUGCUGUACACAGAACUGGAUCCUGUCAAGUUCAUGUGUGAAUCACUGAGUCUGUCCUCAACUGAUGUCCUAAGUCUGGAUUGUGCUUUGGCAGACACAUUUACCUCAAAUGCUCCUGAAGGAUUCAAUUUGCUAGGUAUCCACAAGAAUACUGAAGCUGGAGAAUCAACUGCUGAGCAUCCGACUCUUCUGCACUUUGCAGCACAAUUUGGAUUAAGCAGGCUCAUUGCCACCCUUUUGCAUUAUCCUGGAGCUCAAGAGGCUUGUGCUAUAAAGAAUUAUCAUGGGAAAUGGCCAUACAACAUUGCAGAGGAUCAUGGUUUUAAACAAUUGGCAGACAGUCUGCGUACUUUCCGUGACCAAGGAGAUCCAAAUCAGAUCUAUGCUGACAUGGGUGAUGAAGAUGGUUACUAUGUCAAAAUGCAAAAGGAUGAUGGUUCAUACAACUAUGUACCCAUGGGAAGAGAGGGCCAUGGACUGUAUAUGUAUAUGAAAGGAAGGAAGUACAUAAAUUUGGACAAACAAGAGGAUGAGGCUGGUUAUUAUGUGAAGAUGCGCAACAGUGAUGGAUCUUAUAAUUAUGUUCCUGUAAAGGGAGAGGAAAGCCACAGUGGUAAGUUAUAUGAAGAUGUCAAUGAGAAAGGGAAGUACAAGGUCACUCAACGAUACACGGAAUCUGAAGAGAAUGAAGAAGAGGAUGCAACAUAUGCAAAUUAUCAAGCUGAAGUUGGCGCUGAUGAGGAACUUUAUGAAGCAAUGGAGGGCAAUCCUGAAGGUGAAGAAACACAAGAUGAUUUUUACAUGGACAUGGAAAGAGAACGAGGAGAAGAGGAUCCCUCAGAAUUUUACACAUCAAUGGAGUCUGUGGUGGAACAACCAGAGGUUCCUCCUGGUUAUGUUACACCGAAGUCAAAUUUACCAGUUCAUCCAGAUCCAGGAUUUUACCGCUCUGCCAGCAUGGCUGCAGCUAUUAGGGCUAAAGAAAUUGAACACGAGAGGAAGACUCAGACCUUGCCACCAAUAAGAGGCAAGAUGUCACAAGAAGAUCUCUUACGAAGAACAUUAAAACAAAGCGGAGUUUAUUCAAGUGAAGCAAUUGAAGACAUGGUGAGCCGUAUGCAUGUGAGCAGCUCAUAUUCUGCGGCACCAAUUCUAAGGACAGGUUCAACAAGUUCAAGGAGCUCUAUCUCAACUAUCAGCAGUACUGGUAGUGGCAGUAGCAGCAGUAGUGGGAUAAGCUCAGGAAAUGAGUUUAUACACCAUCAAGAGGACCCUAAAGAUGUAUGUCUUUUACAAGAAGAGGAAAUACACCUCACUCGAGAAGAACUCUUUCAGAAGUGUAAUAUUAAGCCACACAAAUCAAAGAGUCAUGAUGAUGACACACAAACUGGAGGUGCCCCACCCCCCCUCCCACGCCCAGACUAUGAUAAAAAGGAGAAAAUCACAGAGAGCUCAGCGAGGAGGCCUCAUCCAAGAUCAAGACCUGGUACAACACCUGUGGACAAAAGAGAUCUUGAGGGAUUAAUCAAACCAGGGCCUCCUCCUCCCGUAAAACGACGGAGCAGCGAGCCGGUGACCUCAGUUUUAGAUCUCCAUUCCAAGUAUGAUAGAGCUCCUGCCCGUAUCCCUGAGGAAGAUCCUCCACCUCCUCCUCCUGCUCCCCGAGGACCUGUGCCUUCACCUGAUGACUUAAGGCAGCCUAGAGCAGCACCAAGACGACCAGUAGGAAGUAUUGCAUUACCAGGUUUUCCCGAUACACCCCCUCCUCAAAUACAACCAAGGGUUCCACCACGUGUUCCUCCUAAGUAAACGUGUCAGUUUACAAGCUAUAAUAUUUUUCUUAACCAGAGAGUUGAUUUUAAAGUCUUUAAAGAUGUUAUAUUUAGUUAUAAUGAAUUAAAUAUAAAUGGAAGGCUUUAUGUGUAGCGUUAUAAGAAGACUAACAAUAACAACAACAAUAACAAUUAAAUAAAGUUCUUAUAUGGUUUUUAACAUUUUGGGCUUGUAAUCCAUCAUUACUUACGAUUUAGAAAUUAAUUUAUAAAUAAUGAUUUUUUUUUUAUCCCAGUAAGGUCGAGUGUAGAUUGUUCAAUCAAGUAGUUUAUGGCAGAAAACACGGGUAACAGUUAUAGAGUGUCAGACAAGAACAAUAGCUUAGAUUAGUUUAUCAUGUAUGACCAGCAGGACUGGUCAUGUCGUUUAUUUUACACACUUAAUUAGUUCCUUGAACCGAAAUGAACAUUUAUCACCAGAUAUUCUUGAAGUGGGGUCGAUUGGCAAAAAAAUGUUUAUGUAGUGUAGGUAUAAACUAACACUCACAGGAACUGAAUUGGUUGUUGUUCAUUUGCUUGUCUGUGUGUGGUUGUCUAUUUUUUUUUCUGUUGUUUCAGAUGAUAAUUGAAUAGAAGGAAAAUUUCCAUGCCUUCCAGCUUUUUUCUGAGAUGCAGUUGUGAGACUUUCCGCAAGGGUGUGUCAGGAUUCCAGAAAAUUAUAGGACAAUAUCCAAAGCCGUGAAAGGAUAAUGGAAGACAUCUAAAAAAAACAAAUUGAAAAAGCUUUAAGUUUGAAGUAAAUUAGCUUUACCUCUGAAGCAUGCUGACCUCAGAUCCAGUUGAUCCAAUUGAUCCAGUUAUGUGAAUUAUUUACGUGCAUAAGUGGGCAUGAGUUUGGUGCAUUACCAAACUUUUUUUAGGGUGAAUUUAAUGGUGUUAGGGGCGGUUCUGUUCUGACCAUGAUUGAUAAAAUGGUACUAAGUGCUAACCAAGCUAGGCUAGGCCUUUUGUAAGCAUAAAGAUACUUUUUGCUAAUAUGUUGCUAUAUUAACUUAAGAUGUUUUAGGUAAGUAUUAAUAUUAAGUGGUUCAUUAUUUUUUAAGACAAUUGCAUGAAAAAAUUUUCUGCACUUGAACUUGAAGCGUGAUUUAGGGUUAUUUUUCACAGUUUUUUGAAAGUUAUAAGUCUUAUUUUGUAUAAACAACUUGAUGCAGUAACACUGCUUGGUUAAUCAAUCAAAUUAGACUGAAUGCUACUCAGCAAUUUGAGACUUGACAAAGGAAGUUAUUGUACUUAAAUAGUGGCUUACAUAAAACUUCAUAUGGUGCAAUAGGUCAUUUAACGUACAACAUUAUAGUUGAAUCAAUGUGUAGGAAUGAUAGAAGUCCAUUUUGCUGCUUUAGUUUACCCAAAAUAACGUAUUUUUACAGAUAUAUAGUUUUUCACCUUGAGAGCGACAUAUAAUGUAUGCUUUAAUAAGUAGGGUAGAGUAUUUUUUUGAGUGAGGGAUUCGAGUUCCCGUCGCAUAGGGAAUGAAGCUUUCAUGCCGUUUCUACCAUAGUUUAUAUGAUUAUUUUAUUUCUAAACGGGUAUAAUAACUAUAUUUUCUUAGAGUGGAUAGCUUUUAAGAAAAUCGCCUCGCUUUAAAAUCGUAUUCCGUUUGCCUUUGUAUUUUACACGGAUAGCCGAUUAAAAUUAUUUUUACCAUUA